GCAGGGCAGCGGCUUCCUGACGUCAGGACCCAGCGAGAGGAUCGCGCCAGCAGCCCCCGCCCGCCCCACAGCGGGGCCGGCCGUCGGCAGGAGAGGAGCCCGCGCUGGGCGCCGGUGGCGCGGGAGCGGGGGGCGCGGGAGCCGGUCGCCGGGGCGCAGCAUGCCCCCUGCCCCCGCGCCAUGGAGCUCGCCCUGGUGCCCCUGGAGAACGGCAGUGCCAUGACCGUCAGAGGAGGAGGUGAGGCCCGGGCAGGCUGCAGCCAGGCCACAGGGGGAGGAGAGCGCCAGUGUGCCCCGACGGCUGGGCUUAACGAUGGGCCCAUGGAGGCGGCGCCAACGGGGCGCGGCUCGCAGAGGGGCGCGGACCCGGGAGGGCGGCCUUUGCCUCCGCUGCCGCUGCCGGAGGAGCUGCCGCAGCCUAGACGGCCGCCUCCGGAGAACGAGGAGGGGGAAGGAGACCCGGGCCUGGGCAUGGCGGAGGACCAGGCGCUGGGCGCCGCGUCCCUUCACCACCAGCGCGUCCUCAUCAACAUCUCCGGGCUGCGCUUCGAGACGCAGCUGGGCACCCUGGCGCAGUUCCCCAACACCCUCCUGGGGGACCCGGCCAAGCGCCUGCGCUACUUCGACCCCCUGAGGAACGAGUACUUCUUCGACCGCAACCGGCCCAGCUUCGACGGCAUCCUCUACUACUACCAGUCGGGGGGCCGCCUGCGGAGGCCGGUCAACGUCUCCCUGGACGUGUUCGCGGACGAGAUUCGCUUCUACCAGCUGGGGGACGAGGCCAUGGAGCGCUUCCGGGAGGACGAGGGCUUCAUUAAAGAGGAGGAGAAACCCUUGCCCCGCAACGAGUUCCAGCGCCAGGUGUGGCUUAUCUUCGAGUACCCGGAAAGCUCCGGGUCGGCGCGGGCCAUCGCCAUCGUUUCGGUCUUGGUCAUCCUCAUCUCCAUCAUCACCUUCUGCCUGGAGACCCUGCCCGAGUUCAGGGACGAACGGGAGCUGCUCCGCCACCCCCCAGCGCCGCCCCGGCCUCCUGCGCCCGCCCCAGGGGCCAAUGGCAGCGGGGGCGUGGCGCCCCCCUCGGGUCCGACGGUGGCACCGCUGCUGCCGAGGACCCUGGCGGACCCUUUCUUCAUUGUGGAGACCACGUGCGUCAUCUGGUUCACCUUCGAGCUGCUCGUGCGCUUCUUUGCCUGCCCCAGCAAGGCGGAGUUCUCGCGGAACAUCAUGAACAUCAUCGAUGUCGUGGCCAUCUUCCCCUACUUCAUCACCCUGGGCACCGAGCUGGCAGAGCAGCAGCCAGGUGGCGGGGGAGGGGGCGGCCAGAACGGGCAGCAGGCCAUGUCCCUGGCCAUCCUCAGAGUGAUCCGCCUGGUCCGGGUGUUCCGCAUCUUCAAGCUCUCCCGCCACUCCAAGGGGCUGCAGAUCCUGGGCAAGACCUUGCAGGCCUCCAUGAGGGAGCUGGGGCUGCUCAUCUUCUUCCUGUUCAUCGGGGUCAUCCUCUUCUCCAGUGCCGUCUACUUCGCAGAGGCUGACAACCAGGGGACCCACUUCUCCAGCAUCCCGGAUGCCUUCUGGUGGGCGGUAGUCACCAUGACCACCGUGGGCUACGGCGACAUGAGGCCCAUCACGGUGGGGGGCAAGAUCGUGGGCUCGUUGUGCGCCAUCGCCGGGGUCCUCACCAUUGCCCUGCCUGUGCCCGUCAUCGUCUCCAACUUCAACUACUUCUACCACCGGGAAACGGACCACGAGGAGCAGGCAGCCCUUAAGGAAGAGCAAGGCAGUCAGAGCCAGGGGACCGGGCUGGACAGAGGAGGCCAGCGGAAGGCCAGCUGGAACAAGGCUUCCUUCUGCAAGACUGGCGGCUCCCUGGACAAUGCAGACAGUGCCCGAAGGGGCAGCUGCCCCCUGGAGAAGUGUAACCUCAAGGCCAAGAGCAACGUGGACUUGCGGAGGUCCCUGUAUGCCCUCUGCCUGGACACCAGCCGGGAAACAGAUUUGUGAAGGGCGAUCCAGGCAGACUGGUGGCAGUGGGGUGUGAAGGGGGAGGCCUGCUGGGUAUCCGCUUUAUACCGGAGAGUAUUAGAAGCCAUGCUGUAACCUUAGUCUGUCCCUGUCCUUUCACUCCUGCACUCCCUCCCUCUCCUGAUCCCCCCAUUUUUCCUCUUUUUUUCCAUGACACCAAGGGUCGCCUAUUUUUAAAAAGUACCAGGUUCCAUGACGCAGGAGCUGUUGAAAUGGUGAGCGCUGUGAGAUGGAUGUAUUUGUGGCCAGUUUCCUAUACCCAGCAGAGGGAUAACCCAAACAAAAAUGACUUUAAAUAGCCCAGAUCCCAAGAGAUUUUUGUACCCCCCCCAUCAGUGUGUUCCAAAUUUCUUCUACAUAUGAUUAUAUUUGUGAAUAGGGGAAAUAUUAUUUUUAUGGCUGGUGAGUGGAUUUUUGUACUGUAGUUCAGAUAGAGACAUUUUGGAUAUAUUUUCAAGAUAUACGUUGUAUUUAUGGAAGAGAGAGUGGUGCUGAUGUUUUUCUGUGAUACUUCUAUUACAGCCAAGACCCUGGCAGGGCUUUUCUGGUUUCUGUGUCUCCAAGCCUCUCUCUUUCCUGGGAUGUGGUAUCAGUGCUUUGUGUCUAGGGCAGGGAAUGUUCUGGAAGAAAGGCAAAUCUAACUUUUUCUGUGCGCCUUAAACAAUCCUUGUAACUUUCUUCAAAAAGCAUUUUAACAAUGUUGGAGGAAGACUUCCAAUAAUUUAUUCUCUUUAUUUUUAUCCCUGGAAAUAAAAGGUUACUUGGUUGAGGCAA